AUGUGUUACACAGUAAAAGGCCUCGAAGUAACAAGAGUUACUAUAGUUGACUCGAAUGGAAGAUGUGUAUACGAGUCGUAUGUGAUACCUCUUCAUGAAAUCGUCGACUACAACACACGUUUUUCCGGAAUAAAGGCCGAAGAUAUAAUUCGAGGUCCUACUAAGAGCCUGGCUAAGGUACAAAAAGAUUUGAUGAGCUUCAUCACAACAGAGACGAUAUUGAUUGGUCACGUCUUAGAGAAUGAUUUACGAGCCUUGAAAAUCGUGGAUACCGCAUUUACAUUUCCCCAUGACAGAGGACUACCGUAUCGUAGAUCGCUGAAAGAUUUGAUUUCGGAAAUCCUCCAAGAUGAUAUACAGUGUAGUUCGAAGGGCCACGAUAGUCGUGAGGACGCUACGGCUUGCAUGCGGCUUAUGUUAUGGCGAGUAAGAGUAGACUUUCCAGGUUAUCUGUAG